AAAAUUUUAAGUUCUGUUCAAACGUGGGUUGAUACUGUAGUGGGUAAAAACCAAGAGAAGCUAGUAAACUUUAUUUAUAGGUCAUUGCUUGAAAUGUUUAUUGAAAAUGAAGGAGAUUUACAUUCUUUUGAAGUUGUACUGCCUACGUAUUAUGAUAAUUAUUUUGAUAAUAAUAUAGACUUAAUUUUACAAAAUCCAAAUAUUACAUAUAAUAUUAGUAAUUUAACAUUCCGUAUUUUUAAUUAUAAUACUCAAAAUAUGAUUAAGUUAUUGAAAAUUUUAUGUUCUAAUUGCAAUUUAAUCUCAUCAAUGAUUUUAGGAAUUCCUAUAUAUGAUAUUGAUUAUCGUUCAUUAUUAAUAAUUGAAAAAUGGUUAAUACAAAUAAUUAUUUCACAACAUAAUCUCAGAAAAAUUGCAUUUGAAUAUGAUAUUGAUUUAUAUAAUCCAUUUUUAUCAUUAAAAAAUUCUAAUUGUUCAAAUACUUUAAAUACAAUUAUAUUUCAUUCUAUUGAUUUUAAUAAUAUAGUUAGUAUUUUACAAGAAGUUUUUGAUCAAUUGAAU